UUUCGCUAUCAGCCUCCUCCUCCCUCCUCCUCCCAUCUCUCCCCUGUUCUCUGAUUUUCUUGUCAUUAUUCAUAGAGCCUACUUUGCUCUUUCUCUCUGUAAUUUUCGAUUACCUUAUUGCUCCCACCAUUGUGAUUUGUUAACGAGGGUUUGAUUCAAAUCGAAAUGGUGGAGGAAUCCGUUUGACAGAGCAUGUUAGACUGGCUGGCUGCCCUGGAAUUUCAAAGAUCAAAACCCAGUUGUGCUUACUACCUUUCUUGACCUUGUUGGGAUUUAUACACACUUAUAAUGAUGAGAUAUCAAAGAGUGAGCCCUGAUGGUCUUCCUUCAAGUAAUGGGAACAAAAAACCCAACUCAAGAACUACCACAACUUGCAAGCAAGACAUCAAUGGCGACAAUGGGAGAAUAAUCUCUAAUCGAUUCCUCAGCAGCACCACUAGUUUUGAAAGUAAACCAUUCAGAUUCAGAUCCCCUUCUAGAACAAUCCAGGAUGUCAAUGGGGCUGUUAAUGGUGCUCCGGAUUCUCCUUCAAUCUCUGACCACCAGAACCAUGCCAGUCACAGUCCCAGCCGUGUAGGCGGUGGAGAUGGGCUGUUACAGUGGGGAAUUAAAAAAAGGGCUAGGGUUUCAAGGUCAGAUAUCCGGUCUCUGGCCGAUGAUGAAUCAUCAUCUUCAUCGGCCGUCAAUAAGGUUCAACGGAGAGCCAUGGAGGCCGACAAGAUGCUGCCACCUCCGCCGCCGCCUCAACAGUCGCCCACUUCUGCCGCCUCUAAUAGCAGAAUUGCCAACCCAAGAACAGAAAACCCUAUUUUUCUUCCAACACAUCACAGGAAAUUAGAAGAGCGAUCAGGCACCAGGAAUGGGUCGCCGUCAAGGAGCGGAGUACGCAGUGUUUCCAGAUCUUCCACUGCUGCAGCAGGGAAACGAUCUCCUCCUGCCAUGGAAAAAAUUGACAGAAAGUUGCUUUAUUCAAGGUCAGUGAAAGAUGAGAAAACAAAUGCAUCCGUAGCUCAAGCUGCAGACACCACUCCUGCACAAUCAGCACAAGAAGCCAUGGCAACCAAUACCAGUACUGGAUUAGAAAAGAAGGGGAGUGUUGAAGUGAUUGAGUGGCCAAGGAUUUACAUAUCUUUGUCAAGGAAGGAAAAAGAGGAGGAUUUUCUGGCAAUGAAAGGCACGAAGCUUCCUCAGAGACCCAAAAAGAGAGCAAAGAAUGUAGACAAAACUCUUCAGUUUUGUUUUCCAGGGAUGUGGCUGUCAGACUUGACCAAGAGUCGUUAUGAAGUUAGAGAGAAAAAAAGUGUGAAGAAGCGGAAGAGGAGAGGAUUAAAGGGUAUGGGGAGCAUGGACAGUGAUUCUGAAUAAAUGCUCUUCUCUUGCCGUCAAUUUGUUAUUACUUCAACCCCAAGUCCCUGUGAUGGGAAAGCUCUUACCGGCUGGAGGUUGGCGCUGAUGAGAGGAGCUAAACAGAUAUCAAGAGGCCCAUCAUUCUCUUCUUUUAGCAUUUUCUUAAUUUCAAUUUCCAAAACUCAAAUUGUACCUCAUCCUCUCUGUAUGAUGCUGCUUCUGUAGUUCAUUUUCCCCCUUAGUAAAGGACGUCACAGGAAACACUAGGCAAUCUUUGGAAAUGUUGUUACUGGAUUUGAAGAAAUUAGAGAGGAGUAGAAGAAGAAGGUGGUGAGGGAAAAAGAUUUUGGCCAAAACCAGUGUGGUUUUAUCUUUCAAAAAGGUGCUUCAUGAAUUAUUAUAUUGAGUCAUAUUUAUAAAUCACAUUUUUUUGGACUUCAUCAAA